UUCGCUUGCAAGAUGGUACCGUUUGUUCAAUCCACUGCCAUUGUAACUGAGAUUCUUACCAUGACCUGCAUUGCUGUGGAAAGACACCAGGGAAUUGUGCAUCCACUAAAAAUGAAAUGGCAGUAUACCAAUAAAAGAGCAUUCACAAUGCUUGGCAUGGUCUGGUUGCUGGCACUUAUUGUUGGGUCACCUAUGUGGCAUGUGCAGCGGCUUGAGGUUAAAUAUGACUUUCUAUAUGAAAAGGUGUAUGUUUGUUGCUUGGAAGAAUGGGCCAGUCCAAUUUAUCAGAAGAUAUAUACAACCUUUAUUCUGGUCAUACUCUUCCUUCUUCCACUGAUGCUGAUGCUCUUUUUGUACACUAAAAUUGGCUAUGAACUCUGGAUUAAGAAACGAGUGGGAGAUGCUUCAGUUCUUCAAACCAUUCAUGGGAGUGAAAUAUCUAAAAUAUCAAGGAAGAAGAAGCGAGCAAUUGUUAUGAUGGUGACGGUGGUGUUUCUCUUUGCAGUCUGUUGGGCCCCUUUCCAUGUGAUUCACAUGAUGAUAGAAUACAGUAAUUUUGAAAAGGAGUAUGAUGAUGUGACAGUCAAAAUGAUCUUUGCAAUUGUUCAGAUUAUAGGAUUCUUCAAUUCUAUUUGCAACCCUAUUGUGUAUGCUUUCAUGAAUGAAAACUUCAAGAAAAAUUUUUUGUCUGCCAUCUGCUUCUGCAUGGUCAAAGAAAGCACAUCACCCACCAGGCAACUUGGCAACUCGGGGAUUACCAUGAGGCAGCAGAAGGCAAGCAUUUCUCAGAGGGACCCCAUGGACUCAGAUGAGGCCAGGAGGGAGGCAUUCAGCGAUGGCAACAUUGAAGUCAAGUUCUGUGAUCAGCCUGCUUCGAAAAGACAUUUGAGAAGGCACUUUGCCUUAUUCAGCUCUGAGAUCACUGUACAUUCUGCAUUCAGAAAUGGACAGUAGCAUCAUCAGGGUUUUGAGAAUGGGAAAAGCAUUCUUUUAUAUUGUAACUUUUAGUAAGCCAUUAAAAAUAGCUUUCUAAUUUGCAUGCCGAAAUGAGGAGUGGAAGAUAUGUUGUGGAUUAUUCUACUGCUGGGAUAAUGGUUGAGAAAAUUAUGUAUGAAGAUGAGUAAAACACUGGAAAACAA